GGCGUUUCCGUUUCCGGCGUGGGCGGUGGCGACGGCCGCGGGUGGAAGGCCGGACGGAGGGACCGAGCCAGGCAGGCAGGCAGGCAGGCAGGCAGGCAGGCCCGCCCCAGCCCAGCAGCAGCAGCCCGCCCGCCCGCCCGCCCGUCGCUGCCUCGGUGGGCCGGCCGGCCGGCCGGUGGGUCCCGCGGAGCCGGAGGAGCAGCAGGAGGAAGAUGAAGGCCGGCUGCAGCAUUGUGGAGAAGCCGGAAGGAGGAGGAGGAGGAGGAGGAGGCUACCACUUUCCCGACUGGGCCUACAAGACGGAGUCCAGCCCCGGCUCCCGCCAGAUCCAGCUCUGGCACUUCAUUCUGGAGCUGCUGCAGAAGGAGGAGUUCCGUCACGUCAUCGCCUGGCAGCAGGGCGAAUACGGGGAGUUUGUGAUCAAGGACCCCGAUGAGGUGGCGCGGCUGUGGGGCAGGAGGAAGUGCAAGCCCCAGAUGAACUACGACAAGCUCAGCCGGGCCCUCAGAUACUACUACAACAAGCGCAUCCUGCACAAGACCAAGGGGAAGAGGUUCACGUACAAGUUCAACUUCAAUAAGCUGGUGAUGCCCAAUUACCCCUUCAUCAACAUCCGGCCCAACGGUGCCGUCCCGCAGAGCGCCCCUCCAGCCCCGACGGCUUCCUCCCGCUUCCACUUCCCUCCGCUGGACAGCCACUCCCCCACCGAAGACCCCCAGCCGAACCGCUUCUCAGCCCGGUCCCUGGUGCCGCCCGGCCGGGAGUCCCUCAAGAACGGCAGCCUCGGGGAGAAGUCGUCUCCGGGGCCGGAGCUGGACGGCAGCUCUCCCGACUGGAGGCCCGGGGUGGACGUCCUGCCCUCUCGCAGCCCGGCCUCCGGCAUGGGUGGGGCCGGCCCCCCGAAACGCAAGCCGGACCUGGUGCUUCCCCUCUUCAGCCGGCCGGGGCUGUACCCGGACUCCCACAGCCCUUUCGCCCUCUCCCCCCUGCCGGCCCGCGGAGGCGUCUUGAACAUCCCGCUCUCCCCGGCCUUGUCCCUGACGCCCACCCUCUUCUCGUACAGCCCCUCCCCCGGCAUGAGCCCCUUUCCAGGCAGCAGCUGCUUCUCCUUCAACCCGGAGGAGAUGAAGCACUACCUCCACUCGCAGGCCUGCUCCGUGUUCAACUACCACCUGAGCCCCAGGACUUUCCCUCGCUACCCAGGGCUGCUGAUCCCGCCCCUGCAGCACCCCCUCCACCACCCCCAGGGGCCUCCUGAGGAUCAGCCCCCGUUCCCCAUCAAGCUGCAGCCCCCGCCCGUUGGGCGCAAGAACCGAGAGCGGCUGGGGAGUGGCGGAGGGGCGGGGGCUCUGCAGGCACCGCCCCCCUUGUCUCCUCAAGUGAAGAUGGAGCCCGUUCUGGACAAGGAAGCGGAGAGCGGAGAUUCCCCCGAGCAGAAGGACCAGGGGGCCAAGGAGGACGGGGCCAGCCAGGAGCUGGGGAGGGCCCUGUUUGCCAGGCCGGUGGCCCCCUCUUGGCCCGUGGCGCCCUCCUCCCCAGCGCCCCCGCCUGCAGCAGCCGCAGCGGAAAAGCCCAGGCCGGAGGAAGGAAGGGGCGAGAGAAGCCCCCUGGAGCCGGCGGGCGACCUGAGCGCUCAGGAGAAGAGGGAGGAUGCGGCCAUGCCUCCCAAGCUGCGUCUCAAGCGCCGCUGGCACGGCGACCGACAAGCGGACCUCCGGGAAGAGAGCUGGGGCCGGAAGCCCCUCUGGGGGGACAGUCCCCUGGGCGGCCCGCACAGCCUGGUCGCCCCCAAGGCCGUUGCAGCUGCCGCCACCGCAGUGGCUGAUGCCUAGAGCGGCCCGUGGCGAGCGAGUUUCCCGGGGGUUCUAAUGUAGCAGAGUUUGCCUAGUGGGGGGUGGAGGGGAGGGGGCUGGAGGUGGUUCCGUGUGUGUUUGCUCAGAGAACAGGCCCAGCUUGUCAGGUUCUAGGGUUGGGGGGGGGACACUUGCCUGUUCCGUUUCUGCAGGGCCUGCCUCUCUAGCUGCCGCCGAGGUGAGCAGACGCUCCCACGUUGCUUUUGUUCUCUGCCGUUUCUAGAAGCCGGAUCCGGUCUGAAUGUAGAUAGUUCUUUUCUAUGGAGUCAGGUGACAACACAGAAGGACUUCACAACCGAAACGUGUCCCCCGUCCAAACAGGAAGGGGCUUUGUUGGGCGGGGGGGUUCCGGGACGUUGCACUGUGUCUUGACGUUUUAAAAAGCCGAGAUUGCCGGCGGACGGCGCAAACCAACCAAGAAAGUGGCCGUGGGCUGGGGGGACGGGGGGGCGCUCCGCACGCUUGGUGGCUGUCGGGGGGUGGGCUUUGCAACCUAAGUGUUACUUCUAGGGAGGGGGAGGGGGGAGGGAGGGAGUGAUCUCGUGGCCACACUUCAAAUGACCUUCUUGAAAUCUUGGAGAAGCCAUGACAGGCUGCUGCAGAAUCUUUUCAGGGAAGAGGGAGGAAUGUGGGUGUGGAACCAAUCCGGAUGCCUUUAGUCAGAGCCCUUCUUGUUCUCGUGGAUGGGGCUGGGGGAAGCGUGGGGGCAGGGAGGGGGCUGGAUGCCAGAGGCUGGGGGGGGGGAGCGGCUCCUUCCUCCCUGCGAGUCAAAUUCCCUGCUGGAGACGGCAGACUUUGCUCGCGUGAGGGUGGGGAGACGAGCUGUGGGAAGGGGGGGACCUCUGCCCGGCUGAAUGGGGCAAGGGGGAGCAGGUGCCUCCGUCACUUAUGAAUGUGCAGGAAGGGGGUGGGGGCAGCACAGGAGCACAUGCAGAAGUCGCUCCCCCCCCCCCCACUGCUCCUGAGGAGGGCUGGCUUGGGCGCUCCGAGGGGGACGCGGAGAAGCCCGGUUCUCGUCCUGCCACGCCAGAGCUCUCUUCCUCAUAGCUUUCUUGGAAAGCCCCCGGAGGUGAGAACGUGGCUCGCUGGGCAAGGUGUGCUGAGGAUUCCAGCAGUAUUCAAGUGGUGGCCCGCCAGCCACGGAGCGGGCAGAGAAAUAGCGUGGACACUGGCACGGCCUCCCUGGCUGAUCAGCUGUGGGAAUGGUUGGUGUGGGUUUCACGGGGGGCUGCGUGGCCGUGGUCUGCAGCCCGGAAAACCCACCACAACCAGUUGAAUCCGGCCGUGAAACCCUUCGACACAAGGCAGCCGUGGGAGUCUUCGCGGAGGCUCCCGUGAGCAAGCCCAGCUGGACUCCCCUGCCCGGUCAGUCACGUUCCUCUCCGAGGUGCCUCUUCGCAAGGAGAGUUUCAUGGGGCGGCUGUGGGUGAGCUGGAUUCACGUCCUUUAGUGCUUUGGAGGCCAACCAGAUUGUGGAGGUGGGAGCUCUCAAAGGUCAAAGCCCUCCUUGCCAGAUGCCCGAGGGAGGGAGAGGGCCUUGCCGCUUGGGGGCUUGCAUGCUGAGCAUCUGCACGGUGCUCCUGGCCUUGAAUGCAGCUCCUCUUCACAAAGGACGCACGGGUUGCUCCUCUGAAGCUGAGGCCACCACAGGCAGCGAAGUGAAAUGACCGCAGGUGUGUUGGGGAGAGGAAGGGCAGGGAAGGUGUGUGACGGGGUCAGAGGGGAGCUGCCGUCCUCAGCUCAGAGUGCUGUGGUGAGCCAGAGACGCGGGUGCCCUUUAGGGCGCUCGGCUGGCCCCGCAGGGGCUUCUGUCCUCCCCGGCCUUGAGCUUGGGCCACCAGCCUUCGAGAGAGCGCUCUGGUCCGGGGGCUGGGGGCGGAGGGUCCGUGGCGGUCGGCUGGGGGGAGGGAGGGGGCUCUGACUCAGGAAUUGAAACACGAGGCCUUUGCAGAUUAGUCAAUGCACAUCUUGCUGUCCAUCAAACCCAAGUGCCAGGAGGGGGGGCGGGGGGGCUCUGGUUUUGCGUGGAGAGCGGGUGUUGCCGGCAGAGCCCCUUCGCUCCCUCCUGAGGACACGACGGUCGUGGGGAGUUUUCCUUUGGUCUGGGCUCUUUAUCAGAUAGCCAUUGCACUUCAGUGUGAGAAUUCCUCGUUCAGGGAUAAAAGGACUCAGGUUUGGAGGGCGACGAACCCGAGACCCCGGGGGGGGGGGCGUUGGCGCUGCCUUCUCGGGGGUGGGGGUCAGCAGGUCCCCAGAAGCAGCUCUGCCUCCCUCUCAGCUGGCUCAGGAAGCCACCCCUUGCUUUGCCGGGGGGGGGCGGGGGCGGGGGCGCAGGGGGUGUAUUCUUCCUAGCAGGAAAUGAAGCCAGUGGUGAGCUUAGCAAAGAACCUGUUCCUUGUGCCAAAUAUUUACAGCCAGUGGAGUGUGAGUGGUUGAAAUUCCACUUAUGACUAAUCAGGAGCAUAAUUCGUAUUGUACUUUUUGAUUUGCUAGCCAUAGAAAACAAAAACUUGAAGCCACGCCCACCAGCCACGCCCUCCCGGCCGAGGGUCGGGGAGCUCUUCGUAUUCCCCCCACUUCGAGGGUCUGGCUGCCCUUGGGCUUGGAGCCCUCUUGCUGUGGCCGCUGCCCAGACUCCCCUUUGGAUGGGAGGACGGUGUCCCUUCGGCACAGCGAGUGACCGGACGCCAAAGAGGAGUGGGAGAGACCCAGGCUCCUGGGGUUGGUGGGGCCCCCCCCCAGGAGGUAGCGUCCUCUUCUGCCCCCUCCCCUGCCUGCCCCGGGUGCGUUCCCAUAUUGCCGUGUUCGAAGGCGUGUGGUUUCUUUAUUCCAUGCAUUGUUUUGCUUUUUGAAAAAAGUAACUCCUUUUCCUUCGGUCUUGCGGAUCUUGGUGGGUUUUCACAAGAGCGAUUUCUUUGGUUUGGUAUACUUUCGAUUAGGUUUCUUUUUCGAUUGUUCGGUUUUAGCGUGUUAAAGUGACGCAGUAGUUACUGACUUUUCCUUCGUCACUCUUCAUGGGACGAGGUCCCUUCUUGACGAAGCUCCGGCUCUCAGCAGGGACAGCUCGCCCGGACGGCUGCUCUUCGCUUGAGGUAUUUGUCCGUGUAAAGCAGGAUUAAAAUUGUGUGUAAAAAAAAGUAAGUAGUCCUCAUGCUUUUGUGCAGUGCCUUUAGACGUUCCACUUUCUAUAAAGUCUUCAAAAAAAAAAGUUUGCGUAUAUAUUAUAUAUAUGAUGUAAUGUUAUAGAGAUAUAUGUAUAAUAUACAUAUUUUUCCAGGGGUAUCUGAUAGCUCUGUAUUUUGGUAUGAAAGUUGAUAUGAAAAGUAUUUUACCUCAAAUUAAGAAGUUAAAUAAACCUUUUAAAUAACC